AGCCCGGCUGUUCAAGUGAGUUCUCUGGAGUUGAAUCAACAGAAGCCCAACUUAUUCAAAUUGAGAUAACUAGUGCAGGCUUGUGGUCACAAAAUGAGUUUGAACCUAAUGUUGUAGAGAUUCCUGAUACCAGAACUGCAAGUGAAAAGUUGGAAGUUGCAUCUAUGGAUGGUGAUGGAUUGACACUUUUGGCUAAGAAGCUUUGGCUAAACUGGAUUGGUUGGAGUGAGAGGAGGGGGAAAUUGGCGUUGAAGUUGUGGAAGACUGUUGCCAAGCUUAGUAAACAUCAAGUGGAAAGCUCUACUAAAGCUAAGAAGGAAGAGCCACACCAUGGCUUCUCCUUUUCAGUCAAGCAAACAUUUAAAGCAGCAAUCAGCCACUUUGGCAGAAAGUUGCACAGGCGUCUAUCUUUCAUUUGGAAAUUUGCUAUUCAAAUUUUUGGAAGCUUUCAGAAAUUGUGGGAUGUUACUGGUAAGAAUUUAAAUCUUGAUGUUUCUAAGUGGUUGUGCGUGCUUCACUUGGACCACAUUAACUCAUAUGCAGUGCAAUGGCUUGAGAAAAGAAGCAAGGGAUUUGAACCUACUUAUCUGUACACCAAGGAAAAGGGGUACUUCUUGCUACCUGAAGGAGCUAGGUCUCGUCAUAACAUACGUACAGUUAAUAUUAGCAUAUCAGCUCGGCAUGCCUGCUUUGGAAACAGGUGGCAGCAGCUUCUCAUAAAUAGAUUUGUUGGAUAUGAUACCAUUUUGAUGAAUAGUUUACUGAGUUCUCCUGGUCAAGGUUAUUUCUAUAACUUUCAAACAAAGGAGUUCUAUAAUCUUAGUCAUGCACAAGAACCACCAGAGGGCCCUGCAAGAUUUGGAGACUAUCUUGUGACUAAGUGUGGUGUGCUUAUGAUGUCACUUUUUGUUUUCUUCACAACCACCAUGUCAGUAUCAUUUACCUUGAGGGAAACACAGACUCGUAUGCUGAAGUUCACAGUGCAGCUUCAGCACCAUGCUCGACAUCGACUUCCAACAUUUCAAUUGAUCUUUGUGCACGUAAUUGAAUCACUAGUAUUUGUACCGAUUAUGAUUGGUAUCCUGUUUUUCCUGUUUGAGUUUUAUGAUGAUCAGCUAUUGGCUUUCAUGGUCUUAAUUCUUGUCUGGCUAUGUGAACUAUUUACACUGAUCAGUGUCCGGACACCAAUAUCCAUGAAGUUCUUUCCUCGCUUCUUUUUGCUCUAUUUUCUGGUUUUUCAUAUCUACUUCUUCUCCUAUGCAUAUGGAUUUUCAUAUUUGGCUCUGUCUACAACAGCAGCAUUCGUGCAGCACCUCAUUCUAUACUUCUGGAACCGUUUUGAGGUACCAGCUCUCCAACGGUUUAUCCAAACUCGACGAUCUCAGCUUCAACAACACCCAGACAUCCGCAUCACCUCCUCAACAAUACUUGCAUCUACACUACACAUCACACGAUUGAACACUAGGAAUCCAGUUACGGUGAAUAUGGACUUGACCUCUGGUCCUGGGAUUCAACCUCGAUCUGACCAAGCAAUCCCCCGAAAUGGGGCAGAAGAUAUUGCCAGUCUUCAAGAACACAUAGAAAACAGAAACCCAGGGCAGAAUGGCAACCCCGAGCAUAUCCCUGAACAGUCAGAGCUACAACAAACAGACAGUGGUCCUAACCCUGGAAACAUGAGUUCAUUCAGUUCAAUGUUGCUAUGGAUCUUAGGAGGUGCUUCUUCCGAAGGCCGCAACCCAUUUCUUUCCAUGUUCCGAGAUGUGAGAGAUCAAGGACAAGUUUACGCAGCGUCUCCCCAGCAAGGAAACAGAACAACUCAAGAUGUCCAAUAACAGUUUUGGACCAUUACUACUGUUGAACUCGACAGGAACAUUAGUGUAGUUAGCAUAUCUCCAUGUACCUAAUGCUCAAUCAUAUAUAUAGUUCAGACUGAACUUGUAUAGAAAUCAUACAUGUGCAAUAUGUAAUAGGUCAAGCCUUACCACGUACUCAUCUAGAAAAUUUAAAGGAAUGCAAUACAGUAAUUCUGCUACU